AUGUUUGGUCAACUGCUGGACCCCGUGUCUGCGGCUAAACUACAAAACCGCCGAACCAAAGAAGCUGAAAGGCGAGAGAGAAUAUUUAACGACAAAGAGCGGAGCAUAGGGGUUGACAAGAACGCGUUGGAAAUGCAGCUGAAGGAAAAGAAACUAAAAGAUGAAGUGGAAAAGGAGAAGCAAAGAGCAAGUGAUGCAGAGAUGCUCCAUUACCAAAAGGCAGCCAGCAUUCUGACACAUCGCCAACAAAAACUGCAACAGCAAAUAGCCAAAGACAUAGUGAUCUUCAGACAGAAGUACCAGCAGCCACCCAGUCGAAGGGAGUAUGAUCUGAAUGACCCAGAGUGCCUCAAAAACAUGAGUCCUGAGGAGGCACAGAUGAUGAUCCCUGGACUGACCGGUGAAGACCCCAACAGUAAAGACCGGCAGCAGAGACAGAGGGAGCAGCUGCAGCACUGGCUCAUACAACAGCAGGCAGAACGCCAAGGACAAAGACACAAGCAGGAGUUGGAAGAUAAGGACUAUGACCGGUUCACGGUGGAGGUCAACAAUAUGGCUCUAGAGCUGCAAAACCUUGAGAUGGAGAACCGAAAAGCAAAAGUCAUUGCAACUAAGGAUUUCAAUCUUGCAAUGUCAGAAGAGAAAAGGCGUGAACAAUCUCAGGAUAAAGAUCCUGGGGUUUGGGAUUUCAUGGAUGGAGAGAUCAAAGUGGACUCCCUCCAAAGCAUAGUGGAAAAAGAGAGGAAAGAAAUCUUAAAGCUUAAAGAAUUUCAGCAACAACAAAUAGAAGAAAAAAAGAGACAAAAACUAAGUGAUGAAAGUGAGGAGCGUGACCACAGCCGCGUCCGCAUAGAUUCAGCUCGGACGGCCACGCUCAUUGAGAGGCAACAGGCAAAACUCAACAAGCAAAUGAGGAAACACCUGGACAGCACCAACCUCAUGUUAGCGGAGACCAGAAAACAACUGAAACCGGAUAUAUCAAAGGGAGCCGUCACUGAGAGUUUCUUCUCCCAGUUCAACACUUGCAGUCGAUGA